CGAGCCCCCUCAUUAUAGUCAGUCUUGAUGAAUAGGUCUUUUAUGAUACACCGUCUCAAAUGAAAAAUAAUUGGAGGAGUUGUGAGACAUUUACAAGAUGAAUCGGGACAGUGAGGAGCAACGACCCAUUUCGCAAACUUUCUGCGGUGCGCUGCAGAAAGAGGCAAAUUGCAAGUGCCUGGUCCUCUCGGUCCUGAUUUACGGGUGUUUAGCUGCGGUCACGUGGUGCAGGUGUGCUAAUGUUACAAAGAUUGUCAUCAAUUUUUCUAAGAUUCCACUCAAGUCCACGAGGCACGUGUCACCCUGCGACGACGGCUACAUCUACAUUCCUAUGGCUUUUAUGGGCAUGCUGUACCUGGUUUAUCUUGUCGAGUGCUACCAUUCGCCCAUCAGACUCGAUUUGAAGCACGGCGAGAGUCAGGAUAACAUUUUAUCGAAAUUGGCGGGGCUGAGAUUGGUGCAGCCUACUAUCUGGUGGAAGGCAGUCUCUUAUCACUAUGUCAGGAGAAAACGACAGAUUACGAGAUAUAGGAACGGGGAUAAUUAUACAACGACUCAGGUUUACUACGAGCGUGUAAACACAAAUGCCGCGACAUCAUUCUACUUCUACGAUUACUGCGGUGUCAAGGACAUAAGCAAAGAGCUGACCAUGGACGCCAAGAUCCCGAUAACAAAGAUAACCCUGAGCAAGGGUUUCGCUUUCUCCAAUAUGCGAUCAGCAACCGAGUUCGAGGAGGCGAGAUCCCGCUUCUUUGCUGAGCAGGAACUGAGGGACGAUUACAUGGAAAUGCGAGAGGGUCUGGACCUUGGUUACAAUUUUAACGCUUCCACGACACUGGUGGCAGUUCUCGGGCGUCCCUGGUUCACAAAUUCCUACGUGUACUGGUGCCUCAGUGCCCUCCUCCUGAGCUGGCCCCUGCGAAUAAUCAUCGAGUGCAACACCCAGUACGCCGACUACCAAAUAACAAAAUUAUUCGGCGUCAAUUACGACACACCAACGAGCGGCGAGCCCAUCCACGCCUCCUCCAGCCAGUUGAGUGCACCAGGUUCCUACAUGCUGGCCCCCAGCUACAGCGAGGCCCUGCUGAUGGAGCCGGCUGGUCCCACCUCAUCGUCAUCAGAGCAAGCGAAUCCUGACUCUGGAGUACUCGUCCCCAGCUACUCAGAGGCUCUGCUCUACGAGCGUCCUCGCAAUCCCGAGGGAGUUCACGAGAUCGCCUGCUCUGUGGGGCGCAGCAUCACCAACGAGAGUCUCUUCGCUGUCCUCGAGCCACCGCCCUCCACCUGCAACUGCUCCUGUCAUCAAGCAAGACUCCCUGAUGAGCAGACUGAGUGCACCACCUUGAGGGGUCAAUCCACCACGGAAUUACGUAGCUGUGGUGUCUGCAGUGCCUCCAAUAAUCGUAUUGAUAGUUUAGAUAGUUCGCUGAUUACUAGGGAUAUUUCUGAGCCAAAUUUGAGGACGAAUUCUUGUGAUUUGCUGAGGGGGAAUAGUCUGCAGUUUUUGAGGGUCAAUGGGAGAAGUUUGGAGAAUAUUUUGGAGAGUGAGGAGGGAUCGGUUGGUGUUCCUGCGGCUGGGGGGAGGGGGGCUAUUCCCAAGAGGAGGGGGGUGACUGAUGGGGGGAGGGCUGGGGGCAGUGGGGUGACCAUCGCCAGGACUGAGGGGGGCGUCGGGGGGAAGGUCAUGCCCGAGUCGAAGACGUACUUCUGUCUCAAGUCGAUACUCAAACAAAAUAGGAGGAGGUACACGCUGGUUACUACUGAGGAGUUCAGGAAUCUUGUGGCUGGCGGGGAGAAGGGCGAGGAGGGCAGACUUGUUUUUAUGAGGGAGAACUGCCUCAGGGGCGGAGGGGGGAGUGCAGAGGGGCGCAGGGAGAAUCCUAAUAGAACUUUGAUAUUUGCAAGUCCAAUUCACGAGGUUUGCAGACCAAACGAUCCGUUUGCGGGUACCCACAGGCACAGAGACCGCGAAGCAAUGAAUUCACCCCCGGCCGCCAUAAAAAAGCUCGGCAGAUCUCUGACUGUCCUAGCGGAGUGUGAGCCAGCCUCUCAGAUUCCAUGCCAUCGUCGCAGAAGCAAGAGAUUCGUGCAUCAACGCACCAUGAGCAUAGAGCCCGAGUACCUGCAGUUCUUCACAGCAUCAGGGGAUAAUAAUAAGACUCAGCAGACUGGAAGUACCACACGUUGCUUUGUAGCAGCAGCCCCACCCCCCGGCUUGACCCGUUCUCUUACCGAGAGAAGAUCAAAGCCAAGUCGACACGACCGAACAUUGAGGCGAAGCUUCACGGACGAGAGAACUGAAUUCGGACCCCCCAGACGGAUGAAUCUUAAUAUGGAGACAUCGUUGUAACGAUACGUGCAAUGAGUCUUCUUGUAAACAUAAUUGAAGCAACGAAAUUCGCAGGGAAGUGGUGAAAACACGAUUUUAUUAUUUAUUUAGUUUCAUUUUUCCAUAUUUUCUAAGU